GGAUUAGGAAUUGGGAUUUGUUCUUCCUGAGCUUCUUUGUUUUGAUUUGAUUUUGGUCUCCAUAUGACCUUCUUUUUGGUUUGUACCCCUCAGUUGUUAUCUUCUUCUUCCUACAGGUUUCUGUCACAUGGCCUAUUCUGUUGCAAUGAGAACAGAGAGUUGGAGCCCACUCAUAUGUCACUGAUUGUAUUCUCAGGAGAAAUCCUUUGACAAUUUCUAGAGGAUUUGCCCCAAGUAUGCAGCAAACUAAGGCAGAAUCCCAAUACUUACCGGGAUCAACAACAUCUUCCUGUGUUAAUCUCGCCAUAGCUAUUCCAUCGAUGCACUCUAUCGGUGUCGUUGACUUAAUCAAAUUCAGUGAUAUGGAAAUUGGAAUUCUUGAUCGGAAAUGUCAGAGACAAGACAUCGCUGUUGAGCCAAGGUUGGAAUUCCAGAAACAUCUGGAACAGCGAUGUAGACUUCUCUACAUCGAUGUUCAACCUAAGCCAAAAGAAAAUGCCUUUGGCAGAAAGUUUUUGGACAGCAAUGUUGACCCAAUAACAGCGAUGUCAAGCCAUUUUCAUCCUUCAAAGUCAGGCCUGAACAGCGAUGUUCAAAGCUGGGUCCGGUGGAUAGACCAGGGUGCGGAUGGUACCUCAUCGACCUAUGAUGCGGAAAGGCACGAGGUAGCAACCCCGGGCAAUGAAGCAGAGGCCGGGUGCUUGUUCCCCCCAGACAUGAACUUCCGCAACUUUGGCAUGCCCACCAAGAAGUUCACUGCCUUGGCCGGCUUCAGCUCCUCCCAACCAGCCUCCACAGAUUUUCAUCUAGAGAACAUGGGAGCUACCUCCCGGUUGAUCCCCAUUCAGGACGACACUGUUGAGAUCGUCUUUGAGGAUGAGAGGCAUCCCUCACAGGAGAGGCUGGAAAAAUCCCUGGGAUGCGAGAUGGAGAAGAAAAUGAAGGAGCAUCGGGGUGAGAAGAGGUCCUCUGAUGCCCUUCUUGGCUCCUCCUCCAAAAAGGUCCGGAGGGAUCCCCGAAUGAUGUCCCUCUCCGUGGAGGAUCUUGGGCUCGAGAUGUUAUGCGACUUCGUGAGGCCGGGGAGAAAGAGAAGGAACGGGGGGAAGGUCACCCAGAUGGAGGGAGAAGUUGCCAGGCUGAAGGAGGAAUGGGAGCUGAAGGAGGCCUCUUUCCCAGCGGAAGCGGCGGAAUGGGCCAGGGAGCACCUGGAGGAGCUGAUCCCCUCUCGUGAGUCAGCCAUGGACUUUUCUAAAGUCCUUUUCCAGGUUCUGAAGGGGAGGACGAUGAUCGAAGACUUGGGCUCUUAUGAGUUUCAAAUGGGCCAAAUGAAGGAGAGAGCCACCACCCACAAAGUCCUGGCCGAGCGUGAUUCGUCCUUCAACUAUGAGGCCUAUGGCCUCUUGGAGAUACCGGAAGAAGAGCAUGUUCCACCCUUCCCCUUGACUGAUUUAAACCUCUUGAUGCAAUUUUUUUGAACUUCUCUUAUUCGCUCGGGUAUGCCUGGUGAAAAUGUAAUCAACGUUUAAUCUUUUG